CAGCUUGUGAUGUUUUUUUUUUGUUAUGUGUUUAGAAUAGCAUGACCACCACGUGGGGUGUAGCUGUCACGUACCGCAAUUGAUUUACUUGCGUCAAACUUGAAAAUUUUAAUUGUUUCAAAUCUAUUAACAAUUCCUGCGCAAUGUCAAAGAUAGAGAUAAAUAAUGAGAUAGUGCUAAUGAGACACACGGUGCGUCGGGCACGGGUAAUUGUGAUAAGAAAACUGGUGAAGCAAGCCAAACUGUUACGAAGUAAAAAGGGCGACGAUAAGAAAUUGGAAAAGUAUAAGCGGAAGGCAGAUAAACUUGGACAGGAAGUAGUUUCUAUGAAAAAGAUUCCAGAUGACGAGGUCACCAGGUUCUCUAUAACGAAUCAAAGGACCCUAGAGAAUAUUUUAUCUGAUCCAAAAUCUGACCUAAAAGACUGUGUCUUAGCAAGGCUUUCACAUAACAAACUACUUAUCGAUAGAGUGACAAAAUUCAAGGAGAAAUUCCCGAAUUAUGAGGAGCACCUGGGACCUGGUAGAAGAAAACUGUUGAAGUUGAAGAGAAAAGAGGGAAAACAAGCUAAGAAAGGAGCAAGAAUAGAAGAUGCACAUUCAGAGUCUGAAGAAGACGCAGUUGACGAGGAAGAAGAUGAUGCAGUUGCUCAAAAAGAGGAAGCAGAUUCACCGAUAGAUAAUGAUGAUCGUACAACUGUAACUAAUACACCCCUAGUCGAGGAAAAAAUCCCAGAAAAUAAUAACGCUAUCGAAGACGAAGCGAUAAAAGCCCCUGCUCUCUUGCAAAAGAGGAAGUUAGUAAGCUCCAAUAAGAAAGUGGAAAAGAGUAAAAAGCCGAAAGCAAAAGUAGACAAGUUAUCAGGGAUAUCUCUGACCAAUAAAGAAGGGACAUUGAAGAGGUUUACAACUUUCCUCGAAGAAAAAGUUGCUGAAAAUUCAGCUGUCGUUUCUCCUGAACGGGUCACUGAGGAAACCAACGACAAAAAAAUUAAUUUGGAGAAAGAAGUGGACUCGUUUUUCAUGACAGAAAGUGGAGAUGGGCAGUACUUGAGUGUCGUUGUUCCUAAACCAAAUUUGACAGAGGAAGAAGAAGAUAGUUCGGCAGGUUAUCCGCGAAAGAACUUUACAAAUUCAAGGGGAGAGAUAAAUUCAUCAAGGUCGAGGAAUGGCAAAUUCUUCGACAAGGUUGGAUAUGACGAUGCCAGAUCGAAUCAAAACAAUAAUUUCUCCGGCAGAAAUAGUCAUAAGUUCCGGGAGCAACGACAGGAUUCUUUCAGCAGCUCAAAACGGCCUAGGACAGAUUUCAAUAACAAAGAUAAAACGUCAGUUUCUGAGAGCGUGCAUCCUUCCUGGGCGGCAAAAAAGAAGCAGCAGGAAAUUUUGAAACAAGGAUUCCAAGGAAAGAAAAUCGUUUUCGACGAUGCCUGAUUAGCUUCCCUAUUGAUUAUAAGACAUAAAUCAGUAGGUAAAUCGAAACUAAUGAACUGUAAAUUAUACAUACAAGGAAUCAAAUAAAAGAAAGAAAAAAAAUUCCGA